GGUCAGUACUGUAAUAACUCUCUACUGUUAUUUAACUUACAGUACUGUCAUUGAUUGUUGUAAUUUGAACAGUAUUUUGCUGUAAAAAGUAACGUAAACAACUGUAAAACAUGUAUACAAUAUUAUAUUGUACAUAGCAAAGGAUUAUGGGACAGUUUAUGGUCAGUACUGUAAUCACUCUCUACUGUUUUUUAACUUACAGUACUCUCAUUGAUUGUUGUAAAUUGAACAGUAUUUUACUGUAAAAUGUACCAUAAACAACUGUAAAAUAUGUAUACAAUAUUAUACUGUACAUAGCAAAGGAUUAUGGGACAGUUUAUGGUCAGUACUGUAAUCACUCUCUACUGUUUUUUAACUUACAGUACUCUCAUUGAUUGUUGUAAAUUGAACAGUAUUUUACUGUAAAAUGUACCAUAAACAACUGUAAAAUAUGUAUACAAUAUUAUACUGUACAUAGCAAAGGAUUAUGGGAAAGUUUAUGGUCAGUACUGUAAUCACUCUCUACUGUUAUUUAACUUACAGUACUGUCAUUGACUGUUGUAAAUUGAAAAUACAGUAGCCUGUAUGUAAAUGUACUGAUGUACUGUAAAUGUAAUAACAGUAGUUACGAUUUGCUGUAAAAGAAAUUAUGGUAGCUAUUUCUGUGCUGUAAAUAGAAAUACAGUAGCUGGAAGGUGCUGUAAAUGAAAAUACAGCAGCCAUGAUGUGCUGUAAGUGUAAUUACAGUAGCUUUGAUUUGCUGUAAAAUAAAAUACAGUAGCUAUUUAUGUGCUGUAAAUGGAAGUACAGUAGCUGAAAGGUGCUGUAAAUGAAUAUACAGUAGCCGUGAUGUGCUGUAAAUGUAAUCACAGUAGCUAUGAUGUGCUGUAAAUAAAACAGUAGGUAAAAGGUGCUGUAAAUGUAACUACGGUAGCUAUGAUGUACUGUUAUUAAAAUUACAUAAUAAACGUAUACAAUUAUAUAAUAAACAGAAGUCAAAUAUAUGUGACCGUGUACCACAAAACCAUUCAUAAGUAGCACGCACGGGUAUAUUUGUAGCAAUAGCCAACAAUACAUUGUAUGUCUUAAAAUUAUCAAAAAAUCAUUAUGAUAUUGUAUAAAGAUCAUGUUCCAUUAAAACAUGUUGUACAUUUCCUUCCAUAAAUAUAUAAAAAUGCAUAUAUGGUUUUGUGGUCCAGGGUCACAUUGUUGCACUUGCAAACAAGGUUUCUGUAAGGUGCAUGUGUUCAUUUUAAAACAACUAAAGUUAAAGAAAGGUCCACAUCAUUAUGUAAAACAUGAUAUGUUUCUGUGUCCUAAAAGGUGUGACACAUUAUAGCCUACCCCAUAAUGUGUGAUCUAUGUCACCACCUAGUGAUUAAAGCCGGUUAUUGUGUUCACUUGAUGCAUUACUUCAUUACACUUACAGUACAUCUCGUACCUGCAUGCUGCAUUCAGCUCAAAAUAUACUAUACACAAAAGUGCCUGUUAUUGAAUGGGUUUCACAUUAGCUGUAUUCACUAAAAGUCUUUUGAGUGUGUGUGUCAACUCACAAAGAAACAUGUCAGUAAUAUGAACCCAUGCCGUGACACAGGAGCUCAUCUUUUGACAGUCUCCUGGCAACAACUAACCAGUGGCUUCGUUCAACCCCAGACACCCGACCAUAGGAGAAAAAAAACAAAACUUUUAUAAAAUACAUUUGUGCUAAUGCGUUUAUUUUUUCUAUAAUGAAUGGAGGGGGAAUCUAUUCCAUAUUACGUACGGUUUCUCAGGACGCCCGCUGUGAGUUCAGAUGGAGUGAGCAGGUGGCUGUGCAGACAUUUGAACGUGCCGUGCGAGAGAGGUCCAGAGGGGAGGUAUGACUUUCACAGCAUGGUUGAGAAAAACAGACGUGCUUUUUCCAAAUUCAAUCCUCAAGCCCAGCCGCCCGAUGGAAAUGCACCUCUGGCACCGUUGCGUGACAAUGUGCCCCUAAUGGAUCCGUGCUCGGGUCAACUAAGUGCCGGGGCACAGGUGCAUCUGGACUUGAAGAUUCGAAGCCCAUUCGUCGACAGAGUUUACACUCCAUCCGAUCUGUGGGUUCCCCCUGGGACAAAAGACCUCAGGCCUCAGACUCCUCCAAUCAGACCUUCAGCUCUGCAGUAUGAUGAGUCUGAUCACAACAGGUGGAACUCUAGGUCAAAACUACAGGCAGCAGUAAAGGCCAAAAUUGAAGGGCUGACAAGCGUGCAGAAUAAACCUUUUACACCGAACAGCACUGAAAUUAAUACGGAUGCACAGCUGUCUGUACCUGAUAGUGUAAAGAAGGCAGCUCGACGAUUCAUCUACACUUCUACAACUCAAAGAGGUUAUGAAGAUGUGGACUGGGACUCAAAAUUACCUCCGCGUCACAAACCUCCCUCGACUACACUUGAGAAAAUGGCUGACCGUGUGAGUCAACACUCUGUACUGAAGAGAUAUCAUAAGAGACCUGAGCUUUGGCAGGCCAUUGGAUCCCACUGGACCAAAAAUCAGUUGCGUGCCACGUUUAACCCUAGGAAACCCAUAAGCUUCACCAGCCCAUGUCCAAAAUCAGGCCAUAUACCAUUAUAUUGUGGCACAGUGGGCUCUGAAGACAUGGAUAAUGUGGACAACCCAGAUGAAGAUUUCAUACCUCUGACUGUUCUGCGGACCACAGUGCCUCCACAAACCCCAACAAGCUUCCGAAAUGCUAUACCUGGGUACACUGGUAAAGCCCGAUUUGACGGACCAAAAACCACAGCAGUCAAUCUACCUUCUGUAUCAUAUACUGCACAGACAGCAGGGAGCAGUCCUGAUACCUGGAGAUCCACCAUCUAUAGACGUAAAGCCCCUGUAUCAAGAAUGGUCACCACUGUACCACCGGGAAACCCCUACAUUCAUCCCUAAGACCCAAAAUGUUCAAUUUAAUAUCUGUAGUAACACACUAAUGUAGAUACUUCCUUUAAAAGAAGAAUAAGUGGUGGGAAAUGAGCAGCUUCCUUUUCAUGAAAUCUAAUCUGUGUUUGUGAAUAGAUCUGUAUAAUAACGCUAUGGCAAUGACUGAUUCUGUGUAAUAAUGAGAUGCUUUAUUAGCACAAUUUCCUUUGAUUUAGAUGAGUGCUUCUGAAAAUGUGAAGGUUGUUACGUUGUCUCAAACAGACUUACGAUGUUGCGUACACCACGUGUGUCCAUGCGGAUAAAUGAGCAAAUAAUUUUCUCGCAAAUCUUUUUCUUCGUGCUUUUAUUGCUUCGGCGCAUCCAGACAGCACUUAUAAAACGUACAAACUGCUCGUGGAAAAAGCAACUUCAUGCUUAUGCAGCAGUGCAAAGCGAAAACUUUGUUGUUUCUCUUAAUUUCUGAAAUGCUUUUGCACACCAAGAACUGUGGUUUGGAGAAUAAACGAGAGAAUACCAGUGCAGCUUCACCUGCUAACAGGAAAUAGGAACGUGCUGGUUUCCUGUUUCCCCCUUCGGCGUCUUUGCGUUCCCCUUCGCCGUCUUUGUGUAUGCUUUAUGUUCUGCUCAGCUGAACCCACCUUUAAAAAAAAAGACGGCCGUAAAAGAACUAAUGAGAAUAAAUAAAGUGCUGAAAACUCAGUAUUGCUAAACUUCACGCAUGGAUUUAGGUGGGGAGGAGCUGGAGGAGCAGAGAAAAUUUCAGAUUUUCAUGAAUGCUUUGAAAUGAUGGUGGUUGGGUUUGUUCAGAAAUCAUGCCAUUAAAUGAAUAGUUUACAACACUGUCAAAAAUCAAGGUACAAAGCUGUCACUGGGCAGUACCCUUAUAUGUACCA